CGCCCUCUGCCUCUGCCCCACCACCACCUCCUCCUCCUCCUCCUCCUCCCAUGGUGGUGGCAUUGUGACCACGCCAGGUCCCCCGCUGCGUCCUUGACGCCUCGUGUAAGCCUGUCGCCGCUCCCGCACGCAGCAGCAGCAGCAGCUCGCGCCACGCCGUGCCGUGCCGUGCCGUGCGGGCUUGCCGACCCCUCCUCUCAGGCUUUGCGGGUGGGUGGAAAAGCAGAGGAGGAGGAGGAGGAGGAAGGCUGCCGCUGCCGCUAGCGCCGUAGCGCGAGCGCGCUAGCCGCUAGGUGGCUUUGGCUCACGGGUUCCAGGCCGCCCGCGGCGCCUUUUUCGCUCACACGGAAAGUGCCCGUGCCUGUGCCUGUGCCCUGCCGCCUGCCCGCCGCCCCGCGCGGCCUGGCCGUAACAUCCGAACCGCCCCCAAUGGCGACACCACGGGCUCCUCACCUUCCUCCGCAUUAGUACCAGCGUGCCAACGGCCGCAGCGCAGCGCUCCUCCGCACACCCCCGCUCCUUCGUGCGCGCUCUGCUUCCCUUGCCGCCGUGGGCUGCGCGGGCCGCGCGCUGCUUGCUGCUUGGCUGGCCGUCGAUGAGCAUGGGACGCUUCGUCAACUCCAUGGAUCCGAGGUCGGGGCUGGAGGUGAUCAGGGACUGGAACGGCGUCGCCCAGGUCGUGCUCCGCUCGCCCAAGGGAGCCUCCGCGCGGGUGAGCCUGCACGGCGGCCAGGUCGUCUCCUGGAGGAACGACCGCGGCGAGGAGCUCCUCUUCACCAGCAGCAAGGCAAUCUUCAAGCCGCCAAAUGCAAUGCGAGGUGGAAUUCAGAUGUGUUUCCCACAGUUUGGAUACUCGGGGACAUUGGAGCGACAUGGAUUUGCAAGAAACAGGAUAUGGGCCCUGGAUGAUGAGCAUCCACCACUGACUCAUAAUGAUAACGGCAGCAAAGUUUCUGUUGACCUUAUACUAAAGCCAUCUGAAGAUGACCUCAAGUGCUGGCCACAUUGUUUUGAGUUCCGUCUGAGGGUCUCUCUUUCAAAGGAUGGGGACUUGUCAUUAAUAUCACGCAUCAGGAAUGUCAAUGGCAAGCCAUUCAGUUUCUCAUUUGCUUAUCACACAUAUCUUUCUGUUUCUGACAUCAGUGAGGUUAGGAUUGAAGGUCUGGAGACACUUGAUUAUCUUGACAACCUUAGCCACAAAGAACGGUUUACGGAACAAGGAGAUGCCAUAACAUUUGAGUCAGAGGUCGACCGAGUCUACGUUAGCUCCCCAAAUGUAGUAGCGGUUCUUGACCAUGAGAAGAAACACUCAUUUGUCAUAAGAAAGGAAGGACUUCCUGACGUUGUUGUGUGGAAUCCAUGGGAAAAGAAAUCGAAGACCAUGAUAGACUUGGGUGAUGAGGAGUACAAGCAGAUGCUUUGCGUUGAUGCGGCCGCUGUGGAGAGAGCAAUCACGCUGAAACCAGGGGAGGAGUGGACUGGGAAGCUGGAGCUUUCUGCAGUUUUAUCCACCAACUGCAGCGAUCAUCUUGAUCACCCUGUCAGCAUCUAGUGUUUAAUCACAUUUUAGUGCUAUAUAUUUGCCUCACAAGAGAAGUAUGGGCCCCUUUUGUAAAUGAGAUCAAUAGGUAGGUCUAUUAUUAGUUAACAGCUCGACUUGAUUCUGGAAUCGGCACAAUUCUGUGACCUGGUUUUUGGAAUCUCAAUAAUGAAUGAUAAUAGCGCCUUGUUUCAUGCAUAAUGGACGUAAAAUGGCAAGAUUUAUCAGGUCUU